CGGCCCGGCCCGGCCCGCAGCGGCGGGGGUGGUGGUGGCAUCGCCCGUGUCCCCGCAGAUGCUGUGACAGCCAUGUCGGACGAGAAGCCCCCCCAGCUCGUGGAUUACUUCGUGGUGGCCGGGCUGGCGGAGGCAUCGCGGGCGCUGGAGGAGGAGCAGCAGCCGCGGCCAGCGCGGCCCGGGGAGCCCAUCACGGAUGUGGCCGUGAUCAUCCGCUCGCAGGGCGAGGAGGUGCCCCAGGGCUUCACCUGCAUCGAGACCAGCACGUCGGGCCACCCCGUGGAGCUCAACGCGGGGCUGCUCAACAACCCCCAGAUGUUCCUGUGCUACAAACGCGGGCGGGACAAACCCCCCCUGAUCGAGCUGGGGGUGCACUAUGAGGGCAAGGACCGCCCGAAGCCGGGCUACCAGAUCCUGGACACGACCCCCUACAGCCGCUCGGCCAACCUGGCCGCGGGGUCCCCGGGCCACCAGCGCACGUUCCUGACGUUCCGACGUGCAUCCGAACCCCCCGGCCACCACACGCUGGGGGUCACCGACAUCUGCCUGGUGAUCCCCAGCAAGGGCGAGAGCACCCCCCACACCUUCUGCCGUGUGGACAAGAACCUCAACACCAGCAUGUGGGGCCCCGCGUUGUUCCUGUGCUAUAAAAUCGCCGUGGCCAAGGACAACACGCUGGUCUACGAGGCAGGGCUGCUGAGCCGCUACCCCGAGCAGGACAGUGAAUCCUUCCCACUGCCCGAGUCGGUGCCUGUGUUCUGCCUGCCCAUGGGGGCCACCAUCGAGAGCUGGCCCGUGGGCACCAAGUACCCCCUGCCCGUCUUCUCCACCUUCGUCCUCACCGGCGCCUCGGGGGAAAAGGUGUACGGCGCUGCCAUCCAGUUCCACGAGGCGUUCCCGCGGGAGCGGCUGUCGGAGGCGCAGGCGCUGCGCCUGGGGCUGCUCAGCGUGGUGGACCGGCGGCCGGUGCCCGGGCGCUCCCUGCACACCCGCAAGAGCAUCUGCGUCCUGUCCCACUGGCCCUUCUUCGACGUCUUCCGCAAGUUCCUCAUGUUCAUCUACCGCUACUCCAUCUCGGGCCCCCACGUGCUGCCCCUGGAGACGCACAUCUCCCACUUCAUGCACAACGUGCCCUUCCCGUCCCCGCAGCGCCCGCGGAUCCUGGUCCAGAUGUCCCCGUACGACAGCCUGCUGCUGUGCCGGCCCGUGUCCUCCCCGCUGCCCCUCAGCGGGGCCAGUUUCCUGACACUGCUGCAGAACCUGGGCCCCGACAAUGCGGUGGCACUGCUGGUGGCCGUCCUCACCGAGCAGAAACUGCUCAUCCACUCCCUGCGCCCCGAUGUCCUGACCAGCGUGGGUGAAGCCCUGGUGGCGAUGAUCUUCCCCCUGCGCUGGCAGUGCCCUUACAUCCCGCUGUGCCCGCUGGCGCUGGCUGACGUGCUGUGUGCCCCCGUGCCCUUCAUUGUAGGCAUCCACUCCAGCUACUUCGACCUCUACGAGCCCCCCCGCGACGUCAUCUUCGUCGACCUGGACACCAACACCAUUUUCCAGAGCGAGGAGCGGAAGCUGCUGUCACCCCGCGCCUUGCCCCGCCGGCCCUGCAAGGUGCUGCUGGCCUCGCUGCACAGCCUGUCCCAGCAGCUGGAUGAGCUGCUGAGUGCGCCGGGCGAGGAGGAGCCUCCGGAGCUGGUGCUGAGCGACGCGGAGGCCGCGGGCGCCCGCCGGGCGCAGCUGGAGCUGGAGGCUCGGGCGGCUUUCCUGCGCUUCAUGGCCUGCGCCCUGCGCGGGUACCGCUCCUUCCUGCGCCCCAUCGCGCCCGCGCCCGCCCCGGCCGGCCGCGACGCCGGCAGCCUCUUCGCACUCCAGGGGUUCCUGCGCUCCCGGGAGCGGGCAUACCAGCGUUUCUACGGGCAGCUGCUGCGCACGCAGCUCUUCACGCAGUUCAUCGAGGACUGCUCCUUCGCCAGCGACCGCGAGCCCUGCCUCGAGUUCUUCGACACCUGCGUGGACAAGGUGCAGGUGGACCUGGAGAAGCCCGAGGACACGCCCCUGAUGGAGUUGGAUGACCCCCGGGGUGGGGAGCACACCGUGUUUAUCACCCCCCCGGAGCAGCCGGCGGGGCCAGACGGGGCCGAGCCCCCCGCACGCUACAGGUAUGACGGGUUCCCCACGCUGCGCCCGGAGCUGCUGGAGCCCCCCCGGGACCCUCUGGUGGCCCAGCUGUGCCAGGCCAGGAGCAGCGCCCCGAGCAGCCCCGCCCCGCGCCGCACCAAGCAGGAGAUGAAGGUGGCCCAGCGGGUGGCCCAGAAGUCGUCGGCGGUGCCGGAGCUGUGGGCUCGGUGCCUGCUGGGCCACUGCUACGGGCUCUGGUUCCUGUACCUGCCCACCCACGUGCGCGCCGCCCCCGCCAAGCUCCGCGCGCUCCAGCUCGCCUACGACGUCCUGCGCAAGAUGGAGCAGCACAAGGUGGUGCUGCCCGACGAGGUGUGUUACCGCAUCCUGAUGCAGCUGUGCGGGCAGUACGGGGAGCCCGUGCUGUCCGUGCGCGUCCUGCUCGAGAUGAAACGCGCCGGCAUCGUCCCCAACACCGUCACCUACGGCUACUACAACAAGGCGGUGCUGGAGAGCAAGUGGCCGGCGGGGACGCAGGGGGGGCGGCUGCGCUGGGCCAAGCUGCGGAACGUGGUGCUGGGGGCGGCGCAGUUCCGGCAGCCCCUGCGGCAGCGGCAGCGCCGGAGCGCGGCCGGAGACCCCCCAGGUGACCGGGCCCCUCCCGCCCCUCGCCCCCCCCUUCAGCGCCAGACCACCUGGGCAGGUCGGAGCCUGCGGGACCCGGACCCGGGCCCGGCCCCGCGCCUGGUGAAGAGCGGCAGCCUCAGUUUCCCCGGCAGCGCCCGGGGCGAGAGGGAGACCCGGGUGGGGCCGGGAGAGCCCCCCCUGCUCCCCGUGACCCCCACCCCGCCGCUCCCCCGCCCGCGGGGUCCCCCCAGCUCGGCCGACGGGAGCCUCUCGGACAUCGGCACGGACGAGAGCGGCGGGGAUGAGCCCGGGGGGGGUCCCGGGGGGGGUCCCGGGGGGGUGACCCCGCGCCGAGGGCUGGCGGCCAAGCUGCAGCAGCUGCUGUCGCCUGGCAAGCGCCCCCCCCCGCGUCCUUCAGAGCCCCCCCGGGAGCCCGGGGCACGCCGGGGGUCGGAGCAGCGGGACGGGGACCCCCCCUCAUCACGCCGCAGCCCCGCCGAGACCCUGCUGAGGCCCCGGGAGCGCCCCGAGUCCACGGCGUCCGAGAGCUCCGUGUCCCUGGGCAGUGAACUGGACCUGUCUGAUGCCUCGGGGGGCAGUACCGGGGCCCCCAAAUCCACAGAGCCCCCCAUGGAUGGGACAGCGGGGACAGAACCCCCCGCCCUGGAGGUGCUGCUGUCCAGCUGCUCGCGCUGCCCGGGUUGUGCUGGGCUCGUGUUUGAUGAGGAGCUCAUGGCUGGCUGGACCUCGGACGACUCCAACCUCAACACCUCCUGCCCCUUCUGCUCCCGCUCCUUCGUGCCCUUCCUGAGCAUCGAGAUCCGCGACUUCCGGCAGCCCCCCAGCCCCCCCAGGGCCGGCCCGGUGCCCCCCUCCCCACAGGGGCCGGUGCUCAGCGACCGCCGGCGCUGCCUCGAGCUGGACGAGACCCCCGAGCUCUGCAACGGCUGCGCUGACACCCCGCCCCCGGGCCACUGGGAGCGUGUGGCCUUCGCCUACCUGAGCCCGCUGGUGCUGCGCAAGGAGCUGGAGAGCCUGGUGGAGAACGAGGGCGGGGAGCUGCUGGCGCGCCCCGAGCUCGUGGACAGCCACCCCAUCAUCUACUGGAACCUCGUGUGGUACUUCCAGCGCCUGGCCCUGCCCAGCAACCUCCCCCUGCUGCUGCUGGGCUCCCAGCAUGCGCCCCGGGACCCCCAGGUGGGCUUUGGGGGUGCCACCGAGGGCUCGGUGUGGCUGUGAGGGGCUCUGGGGGUUCCUGCCCCACCGGUGCUGACCCCUCCCCUUGUCCUGCAGCCCCCCGAGCCCUCCCGGGUCCGUGUGAGGCUCCUGUGGGAUGUGCUGAGCCCCGACCCCGAGAGCUGCCCCCCGCUCUAUGUCCUGUGGAGGCUGCACAGUAACAUCCCCCCACGGCUGCACCCCUGGGGCCCCCCAGCCCCCCCGUUCUCACUGACGUUCCUCGAGGCCCUGCUGAGCCACGUGGGGCUCAACGAGGUCCACAAAGCCAUCGGGCUCUUCCUGGACACCCUGGCGGCACCCGGAGCCCCCCGGACCCUGCACAGGAGCAUCUACCGGGAGCUGCUGUUCCUGACACUGGCGGCGCUGGGGCGGGAGCACACGGACAUCGCCGCCUUUGACCGCCGGUACCGCUCGGCGCUGGGCAAGCUCGGGGGGGCCCUGGGCCGGGACGAGCUGCGGAGGCGCCGGGCGCAGCCCCCCAGCGCCAAAGCCACCGACUGCCGCCGCACCUUCGGGGCACCCCCCGAGUGCUGAGAGGGGAACGGGACCCCCAGCCCCGGGCCGGAGACCGGGAAAAGGGAUCCCCAGGAACACCCCAAAUGCUCCAGGGUGGGAGAGGGACCGUCCCCCCCCUCCCAACCCCCAGUAUUAGAUGGGACCUCUCCCCCACCCCCCGGGGGGAACGACCCCCCCCCCCCCCCCCCCAGGGGUCCCCCCAAAGUGUGACAGGGACCCCCUGAGUGUCAGGGGCGGGCCGAGGUGGGGAAGGGACCCCUCCCCAGGCCAGCCUCGGGUGAUGGAGGGGGGAGAAGGGACCCCCAGGCUCACAACGGGUUUUAUAUGUCAGUGUUAAUAUAUUUUUAUUUAUUUAUUCAACUCCCCCAGAGUGAGAGCGCGGGUGGGACGGGCAGGGGCAGCUCUGGGUGUUGCCCCCUCCUCAUUUCUGCCUUGGUUCUCACCCAGAAGGGGCUGGGGGUGUUUUUUUCGCCCCUCAGGUGGUGACAGGGCAGCUGGGGGUCCCUGGGUCUGUCCGUCCCCCGUCCCUCCCCCAUCAUCUCCAGCCCUCCCGCGCCCCCAGGGGGGGUUUGGUGGCCAUUGGGAGGGGGGUUCGGGGCCGCCCCCUCCCCUUGCACUGUGCAAUAGCAGCCCCCGCCCCAGGGGCCUGUAAAUAAAAGCUGCUGCGGUAUUUUC